UUAUAUUUUAGAAAAUAGAGGGAGUAUAUACUAACAUUUAAAAAGAAUAAAAAAAGGUUUUCAAUAUAUUUGACAAAGGCGGCAGCUCAAUUACAACAAUGGAAAUUGUUUUCACAAAGGCGGCAGCUCAAUAACAGACAGCCGGCUGCAUAAAAAUGCGCCAAAAACAAUGCUUAUAAAUUCACAAAAAACACCACCUUAAGAUUUAACAAUGGCUGCCUUCAAACAGAUUUCACCAAUGUCAGCUGUAACCAUCCAAGCACACACUUCCAAAAGGGUUUCUUGCAGACUAAUUCAACUGAAUCUCUGAGUAUCUUUUAUGCAUAUAUAAUAUGUCUGUGUUGUUUUCUUACAACUGAAGCUGUAAGAAACUGCGAAUCUCGAGAGCUUUUUCAUGGAAGAUCCGAAGACGUUGGAAGAGGGGCGUGGCAACGGAACAGCUAAUGGCCAUCAGCUCGAGCCCGUUGCAGAGGAUGUUGAUGGAGAGAAGAGCAAGACAGCCUCGGAGGAGCAGCCGUUGAGGAAGGGUAAGACGAAAAGGGUUGCGACGUUGGAUGCAUUCAGAGGCCUGACCAUAGUGCUGAUGAUACUCGUGGAUGAUGCUGGAGGGGCUUAUCCAUGGAUCGACCACUCGCCUUGGAAUGGCUGCACGUUGGCUGAUUUCGUGCUGCCAUUUUUCCUCUUCAUUGUUGGUGUGGCUAUAGCCCUUGCACUCAAGAGGAUUUCCGAGGUCAAGUAUGCAGUUAAAAAGAUUAUCUUGAGGACUUUGAAGCUCAUUUUUUGGGGAAUUCUGCUUCAAGGAGGGUAUUCUCAUGCACCGUACGAACUUACUUAUGGAGUCGACAUGAAGAAAAUCCGGUGGUGUGGUAUUCUCCAGAGAAUAGCUUUGGUAUACUUCGUUGUGGCCUUGAUCGAGACUCUGACCUCCAAGGCCAGGCCAAACAGUUUGAAACCCGGCCAUUUCUCGAUCUUUGCUGCGUAUAAAUGGCAAUGGGUUGGAGGGAUCGUUGCAUUUACCAUAUACAUGAUCACCACGUACUCCCUCUAUGUUCCCGACUGGAGUUUCGUGGCAUCCGAGGAGGAUGGCAGAUCUGAAACAUACACAGUCAAAUGUGGGAUGAGAGGGCAUCUCGGCCCAGCCUGCAACGCAGUAGGCUACGUGGACCGACAAUUCUGGGGCAUCAAUCAUCUCUACACUCAACCAGUUUGGGCAAGAUUAAGGGCCUGCACUUUUAGUUCUCCAGAUUCCGGUCCCUUCCGCGAAGACGCGCCUACUUGGUGUCGUGCUCCAUUCGAACCAGAAGGGCUUUUGAGCUCGAUUUCAGCCAUUGUUACUGGCACUAUCGGCAUCCAUUAUGGACACGUGCUGAUUCAUUUUAAGGAUAAUGGCGAAAGACUCAAACAGUGGGUAUCGAUGGGAGUUUCGCUACUAAUUGUAGCAUGUGUUCUUCAUUUCACAGAUGCUAUUCCCAUCAACAAGCAGCUGUAUAGCUUCAGCUACGUCUGCUUCACAGCUGGUGCAGCAGGCAUUGUUUUCUCUCUCUUAUACAUAGUGAUUGAUGUAUAUGGACUGCGAACGCCAUUCUUGUUCCUGGAGUGGAUUGGGAUGAACGCGAUGCUGGUCUUCGUGCUGGCAGCUCAGGGGAUUUUCGCAGCAUUCGUAAACGGAUGGUACUUCAAGAAUCCAGACAGAAAUCUGGUCAAGUGGAUUAUGCAGCAUGUUUUCGUCGAUGUAUGGAACUCGGAGAGAGUUGGAACAAUUUUGUAUGUAAUAUUUGCUGAAAUCACAUUCUGGUCAGUGGUUUCUGGCAUUCUCCACAAACUAGGCAUAUACUGGAAACUGUAGUGUGUGUGUGUGUGUGUGCGUGUGUUUUUA